AAAAUACAAACUGAAAAACCAAUACAACAUAAUUGCAACGCGACUCGGUUUGUUAACAGUUUUCUACCGUGCCACACACAGGUUGCAAUUGCACUGCAGCUGCACCCGUUGGGAACUUGCUUUAAUUGCGACAAUAAAAUGCUGCUAAUUGUCCAUAAAAGUUGAAUGGCGCAGAAAAUCGAGAACAAGAAUUAAAUAAAUAAAAAAAGGAUUUAAUUAAACAAAGGCAAAAUAAGUGAAAAGGUCAUGAGUGGCUUGCAGCGCAUUUGGAAAUCGCCAACACAAUUGGUGCUAUUUGUUCUGCUCAUCACAGUAAGCUGCAUAGCUCAUUGCCAUGCGACUGGUGCUGCCCCUCCCACCAAAAAGUCAGCACCGGUACGUAUAACGAAACCACAACCAGUCAGCAGCACCACCACUGCAAUACCAACGACCAGAGAGGGUAGCACCACUGGUGAGCAGCUGGCACUACUGGUAUCCUCCACAACAGAGGGCACAGCCAGCAGUGCCAGCAGCAGCGCCAGCAGCAGCGCCAGCAGCAGCAGCAAUGGCGGCAGCGACGACAGCAGCAGCACGACUGCUGCCGGCAGCUUGGUGCCGGAGAUAUGCAUUACUGGACUGCAGUUAAGCUUUACCAAUGCGGAUGGAGAGCAGGUCGUGCGCAAGCAGCAGGAGCUUGUGCAGGUCAUUGAGGGUGAUGUCAUGCUGAGUGUAAUAACAAGCGAUCCCGUCUCGGCGCUGUUUGUCAUCAAUCGCGUGAAUCAGGCAAAUCUUAUAUCUGCAGACUUUGAAAUUGGCAUUCGUGCUAUAAAUGUGGACAAUGCAAGUCUGGCGGAGAAUCUGCUCAUACAGGAGGUGCAAUAUUUGCAGCAGUGCACACAGUAUUCCAUGGGUAUAUUCAUAGACUUUGAUCUAUAUAAGCGUCUCGAGUCGAUUAUCAGGGACUUGGAGUAUAAUGUAUGGCCUAUACCCUCGGCGCGUGCUCAUCUCUUUCCCAAAGUGGCGCACCUGCUGCAUCAAAUGCCCUGGGGCGAGAAGAUUGCGUCUGUCGAAAUUAUGACCGAAACUUUGGAUAUAUAUAAUGAAUUCAUGGAUGCCGCCAGACAGGAGCACAUGUGUUUGAUGCACUUCAAGAGUGACGAUAAUGUUUACAUACUAUUUGGCAAUAAGAUGGCCAAUCACUUUAAGGAGAACGGCACAGUCUUUGCUGUGCCCACGGAGCGCACGGAACAUAUAUUUUUGGAGGAGCUGCCCAAUAAGUCGUUUAUACUUAUGGAAAAUGGAAUAGAACUGCGCACCGCUGACUUGGAUCCCAUGCCCACAACGCUGGAUGAGGUGCUCAUUGGCAAGAGCGUGUUGCCCUCGCGCAUCCUAGUCUUCGCCAGCCCCAUUGUGGAUCUGAUGAACUGGCUGCGCGGCUCACUAGCCAAGCACUGCAAGCGUGACGAGGAUCUGUAUAUGUUGGAGAGCUGUUUCAACUUUCUCAAUUUCAUUGAGGACUGGCGCACCCCGGAGUAUCGUCGUACGCAUGACACUGCAGAGCUGCUGUCGCUGCUGCGCAUGCGCAAGCUGUCCAGCUCAAUGCUCUUCCAGAUGUACCAGAAGAAGCAGGAAACUGUCGAUGUCAUAACGGGCGAAUCGCGCAUGGAGCUGCGCGAGAUUGCGUCGCAGAACUUUGUGACAAAUGUGACCACCUAUUACCACUACAAUCGGGACAAUCACACCAGCCUCGAGUUGAAGACCAAAUUCGGACUAGUCUUUAACUGCCAGUUCACGGCGGGUGACAAUCGCCGAUAUCCCUUCCUGUUUGAUGGCGAGAGCGUAAUGUUCUGGCGCAUCAAACUAGACACCUGGGUGGCAACGGGUCUGACGGCAGCCAUACUCGGCCUGAUCGCCACGUUGGCCAUCCUUGUGUUUAUUGUGGUGCGCAUCUCGCUGGGCGAUGUCUUUGAGGGAAAUCCAGUCACCUCCAUAUUGCUGCUGCUAUCGCUUAUACUCGUAUUCUGCUCCUUUGUGCCCUUCUCCAUGGAGUAUGUGGGCGAGCAGCGCAACUCGCAUGUAACCUUCGAGGAUGUCAACACUCUGAAUACCCUUUGUGGCGUGCGUGUGUUCAUCAUGACGCUCGUCUAUUGCUUUGUAUUCUCGCUGCUGCUCUGUCGCGCUGUUAUGCUGGCUUCCAUUGGAUCUGAGGGCGGCUUCUUGUCCCACGUCAAUGGCUAUAUUCAGGCAAUAAUCUGCAUUUUCAGCGUCUUUGUCCAAGUGGGCAUGUCCGUGCAGCUGCUGGUCGUCAUGCACAUGGCCUCGGAGAGCGUCUCCUGCGAGAACAUCUACUACGGCCGAUGGCUCUGGGGCCUGCUGGCCUACGAUUUCCUGCUUCUCUGCUCAUUGGUCAGCCUGGUACCGUUCAUCUAUCGUUCACAACGAAAUUAUCGCGAGGGCAUCUUAAUUGUGAUUGGCGCAGUGCUCAUUCUGAUCAUCUGGAGUGUGUGGAUUGCCCUGUCACUGUUUGGCGAUGAGUGGCGGGAUGCGGCCAUACCGCUGGGAAUGCAGGCCAGCGGCUGGGCAGUUUUGGUGGGCAUACUUAUUCCACGCACGUUUCUCAUUGUGCGCGGCAUUGAACGCUCGGAUAUUGCGCAGGCCCUGCCAUCGCUCACCUCGCUGGCCUUUGCCCAAAACAAUCAGUAUUCCUCCGAGCAGAGCGUCUAUGAGUGCGUGAAUCCCGCUAUGCGCCACUGCUCGCAGGAAGAAAUGAAUCAUCAAUCGCCCAGCGAGAUACCCACGUUGCCUUUGCGCGGUGGCGGUCCACGACGCCAGCAAUUCUUUGCCAAUCUUCGCCAGGCCAAUGCCAACAUCAAUCCACAACGUCCACCGCCGCAUCCACAGCAAAGUCCUUCGCGCUCAUCAGUCUGCUCCUUGCCACCCUCCCCGGACCACAGCAAGAUAACGCGUUUCUGAAAAAGAUCUGCGGAUGGAUCUGUAUCUCUGACAGCACACCGCAACUUCCGUUCCAACUCUAGUCAAAGCGCCAAGAACGUGCAUUAAAUAAAUUGAUGUAGUCUAUUUGUUAAUAUAACAUUUUAUUGAUUGACGAACCAAUAAUCAAAGUCCUUUUAAGACUUAAAUAUAAAUAAAUGGAAAAAUAACAACA